AGGAGGAAGAACGGGACCAUGGCAUCUCAGCAGCUUCUUGUGGUGGGAUUCACCACUCUACUCCUAGUGCUCACAGUGGCUUCCAACCAGAGCAGCGUGCACAAGAUCCUGAAGAAAAGAGAUGUGGUGGGAGAUGAUGGUGUUCCUUCAGAGACCAGGGUCGCCUUGGUUCCUGCCAAGGCAAAAGAGUUCCUAGCCCAGAAAAGGAGGCUGAAGAGAUACAUCUGGGACCGCAACAGACCUGAAGUGCAACAGUGGAUCAUGCAGUUCAUGUAUAUGGGCUUUGAUGAGACGAGACUGGAGACAGAUCUGUCUUACUGGAGGGACCAAUCACGCUCCAGCGACCAGGGUCGUCAACACCACUACGACGAAAACUCUCCCAUCGGACCCAGAGACAGAGGGUCAUAUCGCCACGGCGCCAACGUGAACUAUGACUAUUACUAACCCCGACACACGUUCUCUCACCCUCCGUCUCACUCUCUGGCUCAGAAAGAUAGGCCAGCUCUGUCUUCUCCUCUUGUCUAGCCUCUGGAAAGAGGCAACCGGCAGUCGCCUCACCUGUUUUCCUUCUCCAGGCUUCUGAAUGAAUGCAAUGCUCCAACUGAUUUCUGGGGAAGUAAACGAAGUUAUGCA